UGACAAGUCUACCGUUCGGUCUCAGUACAGCCCCAAAGAUAUUCGCAGCUCUCUCAAAUUGGAUAGCCCAGACACUAAGGGACGAAGGCAUUCGAGUCCUAGUAUACUUGGACGAUUAUCUAUUCGUACAUCAAAACCGCGAAAUACUACACACUCACGUCCAAAUCGCUUUGAAGCGGCUAAAAUAUCUGGGGUGGCAGAUAAACUAUCAAAAGUCAAUAACGAGGCCUCAAAAGAACUUGGUAUUUCUCGGUAUCCUUUGGGACCCGUGGUUCAACAAAAAAAUGUUACCCGACGAGAAAAUACUGCAACUACAAUCACGCCUAAGGGAAGUUCUGCGAGAACAGACAAUUUCAUCCAAAACCCUUCAGAGCGUAGUAGGCAGUUUGAACUUUGCGAGCUUUACAGUUCCUUACGGCAGGUUACACUUCAGAGAAACCCUAACAUACCUCAACAAAGUUCUAAAAAAGGGAAUAGAUUUCGUGACAUUGCCAAAAACGUCACAAAAAGAAUUGAAUUGGUGGUUAGAAAAUUGUCACCGCGAAUCGAUGAUUCACGUUCCACCCCCAGAACACUUUUUAACGACAGACGCAUCAGACGUCGCGUGGGGAGCUCAGCUGGACAGACACAGUGUGUCAGGUCAGUGGACAGAUCGGGAGAAAAAAUUACAUUGCAAUCAAAAAGAGAUGAUUGCAAUUCUCAGGGUUCUACAGACUUUCUGUCCACAACUGAGCAAUUCCACAAUUCUUGUACAAUGCGACAACAAGACUGUGGUAGCGUUUCUUCGACGAGAAGGGGGAACCAAAUCAGCUUCCUUGAUGAAGCUGACAAAGCUUAUAUUUUGUCUCCUGGAGAGGCACAGCAUUCACGUAGAAGCUCGUCAUAUCCCGGGCAAAUACAACUGCCACGCCGACCAUCUUUCUCGUCAUCUGCCUCCUCCCGAAUGGCACCUACUCCCCCAGGGCACAGAGAAAGUGUUCCAGAAGUUCGGAGUUCCCCUGAUAGACCUAUUCGCCUCGGAACGGGCGAAGGUGGUCAUGAAUUAUGUGUCCCUAGACCAGAAGGACCACCCAUGGAUAUUCCCACCGCCGUACCUUAUUCCGAAGGUCCUAGAACAUCUGAACCGUGCACGAGGAAUUUACCUCCUGGUAGUUCCUCGUUGGGAACGAGCGUUUUGGAGACCAGACCUGAAGGCGCGAGCAGUAGCACCGCCCUUCACCAUAAAGAAUCUUCCACAAGUUCUAAUAGACACAGCAACAGGCCUACCACCUGCCAAAGUGCAAGAGAUGGUAAUAGAAGUGUGGAAAUGUGGGGGUGGGCUCAGAGCCUAAGAGACUGGAAUGAGGACCAGAUUCAACUGCUCCAAGCCUCCUGGCGCCCAUCGACAAGGAAAACGUAUACAGCGGCUUGGAAGAGAUGGCUAAAAUGGUCAGAACAGCAGGGUAUAAAUCCGUUAGCACCAUCAGGACAAAUUCUUGCUCGUUACUUGGCAGAUUUACAUAUUGUUGAUGGGCUUGCUUAUAACACAAUUAAUGUUCAUAAAUCCGUGGUAGCCACUUUAACCAACCCUAACAAUGUAAGCAGUUUGAGCUCGCAUUCACUAGUAUGUCAUGUAUUAAAAGCUAUAGCUUUACAAAAACCAAUAACUCAAAGGAAAGUUAUUUGGGAUAUUGACAUUUUAACUACAUACUUACGCAAUUGUACUGUAGACGAGACUAGUAUAUUUGCUGUUUCUCGACAAACUGCAAUAUUAUUACUCCUCUGCUCGGGUCGCAGGGUCCAUGAUUUAACUUUAUUAGCCACCGAUUCAAAGCAUUACUCAGAGGAAAAUGAUUCCUUAAUUUUAUGGCCAAUUUUUGGGUCUAAAACAGAUACUGCUACAUAUAGACAGUCUGGAUGGAGACUUCACUCCAAUAUUGAGAGUAAAAAUCUUGAUCCGGUUUAUUGGGUAAAGCUAUGUAAAACUCUGUUGCAGGAGAGACGACAGCAAACAGGAAUUCCAAAUCUAUUUUUAAAUAUCAGAGGCCCACCAAAAGCAGCCUCUCGCACACUCAUAGCAGGUUGGGUAAAAUCACUAUUAAUAGAAGCAGGUGUGAUAGCAACCCCAGGAAGUCUGAGAUCCGCUGUUGCCUCAAAAAGGUGGGAAAAUAACUGCCCACUAGAUGACAUUCUUUCUGGAGGAAA